GAGCACGGACAUCGAUGGGUACUUACAAUGUUGUCAGCAACUUCGCGUAUUUACUGGAAACUUAAAAAAACUCUUAAAUAUCGAGGUUUUGUACCCCUGUAAACUGCAUCGAAUUUUUUUGUCGCAUAGUGCAACACUGUUUACUUGUACAUUUUGCAACUGCACGAGUUCGGCUUUGGCAGGAGUUUUGUUUCAUUGUACAAAUUACGAAUUCGUUAAUGGCCGUCCAUUCAUGAGAAUUUAGUUUAGUAAAUAAAUACAGUUAAUAUGUCUUAUCAGCUGUAUAGAAAUACAACCUUAGGAAAUACGUUACAAGAGAGCUUGGACGAAUUAAUCCAGUAUGGACAGAUUACGCCGCAGUUAGCUAUUCGAGUUUUACUCCAAUUCGACAAAUGCAUAAAUCAUGCCCUUUGCAAUAGGGUUAAGUCUAGAUUAACGUUCAAAGCUUCAAAACUGAAUACUUACCGAUUCUGUGACAAUGUCUGGACAUUUAUGCUCAAUGAUGUUGAAUUUAGAGAAGUCCAAGAAGUUGCUCGUGUAGACAAAGUUAAGAUUGUUGCCUGUGAUGGAAAGAGUAUGUAUUACUAA